GGUCCGUACUUCCUUUGUCUCCCCUCCUGUGUUUCCCCUACCCCCCCUCUCUCGCCAGGCCUCUACUACGCGGACGGGUUCGUGCCGGGCCGGACUUCGGCUAUGGCAAACCGGACAGUGAAGGACGCGCACAGCAUCCACGGCACUAACCCUCAAUACCUGGUGGAGAAAAUCAUCCGCACUCGCAUCUAUGAAUCCAAGUAUUGGAAGGAGGAGUGCUUCGGUCUCACAGCUGAACUGGUGGUGGAUAAAGCCAUGGAACUGAGAUACACUGGUGGAGUUUAUGGAGGAAAUAUCAAACCUACACCGUUCUUGUGCUUGACUUUGAAGAUGCUGCAGAUACAGCCUGAAAAGGAUAUCAUUGUUGAAUUUAUAAAGAACGAAGAUUUCAAGUAUGUAAGAUUGCUGGGUGCAUUGUACAUGAGACUGACAGGCACUGCUAUAGAUUGCUACAAAUACCUAGAACCUUUGUACAAUGAUUAUCGAAAAAUAAAAAGCCAAAAUAGAAAUGGGGAGUUUGAACUAAUGCACGUGGAUGAGUUUAUUGAUCAACUGCUCCAUGAUGAGCGAGUUUGUGAUGUCAUUUUACCUAGACUACAGAAACGAUAUGUCCUAGAAGAGGCUGAGCAACUGGAACCACGAAUUAGCGCUUUGGAAGAAGAUAUGGAUGAUGUGGAAUCCAGCGAGGAGGAGGAAGAGGACGACGAAAAGAUGGAGCGAGUUCCCUCACCUGAUCACAGGAGAAGAGGCUACAGGGAUCUAGACAAACCCCGCAGAUCUCCAACUCUGCGUUAUAGAAGAAGCCGAAGCAGAUCUCCUAGAAGGCGAAGCCGAUCCCCGAAGAGGAGAAGUCCAUCACCACGUCGGGAAAGGCAUCGCAGCAAGAGCCCAAGGCGACACCGAAGUAGAUCUAGGGAAAGACGCCACAGAUCAAGAUCUAAAUCUCCAGCAGGGCAUCAUCGUAGCCAUAGACAUCGAAGUCAUUCCAAGUCCCCAGAAAGAUCUAAAAAGAGCCAUAAGAAGAGUCGUCGGGGAAAUGAAUGAACCUAGAGAGUUCAAGAAUCUGAGCCACCACUUCUUUUCUUGUAGAUAUCAGGCAUCAGGAUGGGUAGAAGCUGCUGUGACAGCUAAUAAUUUUU